GAGGCGCGUCGCUCUCCCGCCCUGCCCGAGGGGCGGCCGUUGGGUCAGGGCUCCGAGAGGCAGCGGCGGUUACAGGUCUGGCCCCACGGCAAGUACAGGCGCGGCUUAACUGCUCGCUGCUGCCUCUUCGGGAAACCUGGAGGGUCGGUUUCACAGCGGGAGGACUCCUUCCAGGAUGGUCUGGCGUAGCCCUUGAGUUCACUUCAGAAAAGGGAAAUGACUUUUGCGGGACCCCUGGGCAGGCUCUGAACCCAAGUUUCCUUCCAGUACGCAUACUGCUUCAGCCCGUUCUUUUUUUCGCUCGAUUAAUUCCUUCUUUGGGUUCCUAAGUGUGUGCCCGCCACUGCUCUAGGAAUUAGAGAUCCAGCAGCUACUUCCAGAGUCGCUCACUUAACAAAUAUUUGUGGAGUUUGUGUCAUGGAUCUGAAGAUGAGUGAUUGGAAGGUUCCUGCCCUCGAGGAGCUCACUAUCUGAGUUCUCCAUUAAGUUUUAAUCCAUCCCCCCUCGUCAUUGGUCUCUCCGUCCCUCACAUGGGGCGAGAUCCCAUUUCUCCCUUGGCCAGGGAGUUUAAGAGAGUAUGGCAGAAACGAGGUACCUCGCUAGAGAGAAAAGGGGUGCUUGUGCGUGAAUCUUCACGUGCAGCUCCUGGAAACGAAGGGGGUGUGGCUCUCCGGAUUCCCAGAAGCGGCAUCAGCCAGCCUGGCCCCAGAGUAUGAACACUUGUAAAGGGUAGUGAAAUUACUCAUCUGGAGGAGAUCUGCUGCUUUACACUGGCCUGAUGGGUGCAGGGAAUCGACCCUAAAUGUUCAGGAUUUGCAGCUAACGUAAUUUUUGUUUCGUCGGCUAGGGUUUACAGCAUUAAUGGACAGGUUCAGCCUGACCUGCAAGUCGGAACAUGACAUGGACAAACUGGCCCACAUCUUCAGUUAUUACAUUAGUGACAUCGUGGAGCGUGAGUGACUCUUGUAGGGAACCCAGGAGGUUGUGGUGCUGGGCUCCCGAGGGUUUGUAACAGGAGGGGGUCUGGGCUACUUGAAAAGAUACCAAAGAGCUAUUCCUUUAGUGUUACUCAUCUUUUAUUUCUUCUUUUUGCUACUAGCAAGCUAGAUUUUUGCCUGUAUCUGCCAUUCUACCUAGUCUCACAUCCUGUUGACUCAAUGCUCAGAAAGGGGGAAAACAAACUAAUUUUAAUUUUGACUUUGUAUGUUUAUAUUUUAUUUCAAAAUAAAGUAUUCCUCAGGUUGUCUCUUCUAACAAUAAUGUAAUGUGCCAUAUGUGUUUAUAUAAGAUAUAAUUUACAAAACACCUUCCCAUUCUAUUGCAUUUUGAUCUUGUGAAGUAGGAAGGAAUGAGUGUUUUCUUCAUUUUCUGUCAUACCUUAAGCUUGUGGAAAUUUGCCUAAUCUGGGGAAGAAAAAAAAACAGCUCCUUACAUGUGCAGUAAAUGUUUUGAGUACCUAUUCUUUUUUUUUUUUUAAAGAUUUUAUUUAUUCAUUUGAGAGAGAGAGAGGACAAGCAGGGGGAGCAGCAGAGGGAGAGGCAGACUCCCAGCUGAGCAGGGAGCCUGACGCGGGACUCCCUGGGGAUCAUGACCUGAGCCGAAGGCAGGUGUUUAACCAACUGAGCCACCUGGGCACCCUUGAGUGCAUAUUCUGUGAUAUGCACUGUAAAAGGUGCACGGUGUGCAAAAACCUACUCUUGAGGAGCUUUCAGUCUAGUUAGACCUACCCAACAGAAAUUACUCUGAUCCUGACCCUCCUUUUACUGACGGUGUCCAUACGGUCAUGUCCAUGGUUCUGAGAUCCACCAGAAUUCUUACUUUGUGGAAUCUCCUUUAGUAACUUGUUUAUUUGAGUCACCCCUGACCCCUGAGGAGCAGUUGUAAAAGGUCUUUAGAUUUUUCUCAUCAAGUUUAGAUGAAAGGCGGAGAUAGAAAGUAUAUAUGUAUUAUAACACCAGGAACUACUGGGUACUAGAAAUACAGGGGAGAAUAAGACAUAAUACCUGCUCUCUUGAAGUUUUCAUGUUAGUGGGAGAGACAAUAAGUAAACAAAAUAAUUAUAAAUUAUACAUUUUACAAAGGAAAUAAAUAGGGUGUAAUGGUAAAAAAAAGAAUUGUAGAGUGAGAGAUUUUCUGUUAGGUAGGGUGGUCAUAGGAGGCUCCUCUGAGGUGUUUAAGCUGAGACAUAAAGGAUGAGAGAAACACCUUGUGAAGAGUGAGGAGUAAAGUAUUUCAGGCGGAAGAAUGCCAAGUGUAAGGCUUCUAAGAUGGGAGGAAGCUUGCCGUGUUCUAAGAACUGAGAAGACCAGUGUGGCUAACACACAGCUAGCAGGGAGAAGAGUGGCUUGAGGUGAGAUUGGAGAUCAUUGAACUCUAUGGGUCAUAAGGAGUUUGAAUUACAUAUUUGUGUGUAAAGGGAUACUUAAAAGUUUCUCACAAGGGGGCGAUGUGAUCUGAUUUACAUUUUUUAAAUCUUGUUUUAGCUGCCUCGUGGAGAUUGGAUUAUAGGGAGCUGAUGGAGGGGAGGUGGUACGAAUGGAAGCUAGAAGAGGCAGUUGUAGCAGCUGUGAAGAGAUGAUGCUGAUUUGGUCUAGGGUAGUGGUUCUCAACCUUGGCAGCACAUUAAAUAACCACUCAGUGAGCUUUUAAAGGUCCUGAUGUCUAGGCUUUACCCCAGACCAGUUAAAUUAGAAUACCUUGGGGUAAGCCCAGGAAUAAGGAUUUUUUUAAAGUUUCACGGGCUAUCCAAUGUUGAAGCCAAGAUUGCAGCAAAGGUAGAAACCAUUGGUCUAGAGAUAAGGCAGUGGAGCCUUAAGGAGAUGAAUUGAUUUGAAACGUGUUUUGCAGGCUCAACAGACAAGAUUUACAGGUAUAUUGAUAUCAGUGGGAAGUAGUGAGGAAAGCGACUCUCAAGGAUUUUUGGCUUUCAUAAUUGAAUUGAUGGUGGUGUCACUUACUGAGAUGGGCAAGACUGGGCUUUGAGAAAGAAAAUCAAGGGUUCUGUUUUGAAUAUACUGAGUUUGAGAUGUCAAUAAGUCAUUCAAAUGGAGAAAUGAAGUCAGUAGCUAUGAUUGAGCCUGCAACUCAGAGAAUAGGUCUCUGUUAGAGACAAAAAGUGAGUUGAUGGCAUAAAGAUGUUACUUAAAGUUAGGAACUGAUUGAGUCCACAUGAGGAUAGUGUAAAUAAAGAGAAAGAGCCUAAGACUGAGGCUUGAGGGGCUCCAGGAUAGAUUAUGAUUAGAGAGAAAGAACUUACAAAAGACUAUAAAACAGCCAGUUAGGUAGGCUACUGUGGUGUUCCUGAAGCCAGAGGAGAAGUAGUGUCUCUAGAAGAGGGCUGGGGCUGCCUGAGUUGAAAAUGAAAGGUCUAAAGUACAGUGCUGUGAGAAAAAUACUGAAUUUAGCAAGGUGAAUGCUGUUAACGAUCUUGAUAAAUUUUAGUGAAGUGAUGGAGUUGGAAGUCAGAUGGGAGAAGCCAGAGAAGAGAAUGGUAGAGAAAAGGUUUAAGAGUAAAUAGGAUAUGAGGAGCAAAUUGUAUAUGGCCAACUCUUUUGAGAAUUUUUUCGCUGGGGAUGUAGCAGAGAAAUGGAGAUAAUAGCAAGAGAAGGUGGAGUCAAGAACAGAUGUGCUGUGUUUUGGAGGAGAUAUCCUAAAUAUCACAGGGAAUGUGCUCCUGGCACUCUGGACAGUGAAACAGAAUCAACUCAGUGACAUCAUUACCCUCGUGGCAAAAUGCAGUCUGGAGAUACAGGAGAAAUUUGGGAUCUACCAUACCAGAGAAGGCCAGGACCUGCAGCUAAAGAUAGUCUAUCUGCAGGUCGGAUUUCCCAGGUUAUUGUUGGAGAUGAGCAGCGACAGUACCUCUUGGUGAUUGGGCGAGAUGUGGAUGAUGUCCAGGUAGCUCAGCGUUUGGCUCAGGCAAAUGAGAUUGUCUUGUCCUGGAACUGCUGGAAGCUCUGUGAGCAGUACAUGUUUGAAGUGGAAAUCAUGAGGGAGGAUGAAGCUGUGAAGUUAAGAGAUAUGCGGAUCAUUGACCCAUUUGAUUUUGAUGAGCAUUUUGACAAGUGCCUUGAUUACCUGCCACAUUACCGGACAAGUGCUGAUACUCUAAGAACUGCCCUGGAGUUGGAUCCAGACUCUGCGCUUGAACAAACCCUGCGGAAGCACAUAAUGAAAAACCUUUUGAAGAAGAUUGAUGAAGGUCAGCCUAUGGAGUAUAUAUCCGAAUUCCGUACCGUGACUAUGGUUUUGGUCAGCCUAGAGUUCCACAAGACAGCAUGGAUGUUGCAUUUGUGUCAUCUUAUCCAGGAGGCUGCCCUGUACAUCUCCACAGUCAUAGAGAAAGGGGGUGGCCAGCUAAGCCAGAUCUUUAUGUUUGAGAAAGGCUGCAUGUUCCUCUGUGUUUUUGGCCUUCCUGGGGAUAAAAAGCCAGAUGAGUGUGCACAUGCCCUGGAGAGCUCCUUCAGCAUCUUCAGCUUCUGCUGGGAGAAUCUUGCUGAGACCAAACUUGUUUCCAUCAGUAUCACCAACGGACCAGUAUUCUGUGGCAUGAUUGGGGCAGUAGCGAGACACGAAUAUACAGUUAUUGGCCCGAAGGUAAGCCUUGUGGCCAGAAUGAUAACUGCUUAUCCAGGUUUGGUGUCCUGUGAUGAGGUAACAUAUCUAAGAUCCAUGCUACCUGCUUACAACUUCAAGAAACUCCCAGAGAAAAUGAUGAAAAAUAUCUCCAACCCAGGGAAGAUGUAUGAAUACCUUGGCCAUAGAAGAUGUAUAAUGUUUGGGAAGAGAAAUUUGGCCAGAGAGAGAAAUAAAAAUCACCCUUUGUUAGACCGAGAGAAAGAACUAGAAGCCUUCCAAAUGGCACAGCAGGAAUGUUUGCACCAGAAGAAGGGACAAGCAGUUUUGUAUGAAGGUGGAAAAGGCUAUGGAAAAAGUCAGCUCUUGGCUGAAAUAAACUUCCUGGCCCAAAAGGAAGGACACAGGGUGUUACCGUUGAAGCUGAAGGAAGCAGAUUUCAAGCAGUGCUUCUAUGCAAUCCAGACCCUCAUGGCCAUCUUCUUUGAGAUUGAUACGUGUCCAGCCUAUUACCGGCAAGAGUGCCUCCACAAACAGCUCCGUGAGGUGGUGGAGGAGCCUCUUCACUGCCUUUUUAAUGACCUCUUCUUUGUGAAGUUUCCCUUGUCCUUCAAAGUUUCGCACAUGGAUGAACUGACCAGACAAAAGAAGGUUAAGGCAUGUUUUUUUCAAGUGCUUCAGGAGGCAGUGAGGGAAGCACCACUGAUUUUCCUCAUUGACGAAGCCCAAUAUAUGGAUGCAGCUUCCUGGGAGUUUUUGGAAACAUUACUCUCCACUGUGCCCAUCAUUGUGGUGAUGACAUUGACCCCUACCUUCACCCUGUGUGGCUGUGCCCAGCACUUCCUGCAGAGCUCUCAGGCUGUCCUUGUGCCCAUUUUGAAGUUGGCAACGACCUCACUGUUGAGAAUGGCAUGUUGGGAACUGGGGGUGGUGAGCAUCCCCCAAGAGCUGCAGAUCUACCUUCUCCACAGGUGCUUUGGAAACCCCCUCUACUGUGAGGUCUUAUGCCAGGACCUUCUCUCCAAAGAUAUAUUGCUCUUUCACGACCUCCAAAAGGAGGAGGAGAACAGCAAGUGGGAGACCCUCUCAGCCAAUGCCAUGAAAUCCACAAUGUAUGGUAUUCUUCCUGCUGGCUCUGAGGAAGACCAGGAACUUUAUAUCUGCACAGUCAGGGAUGAUGUGAACUUGGAUACAAUGCUUCUCCCACCAUUAUUAAAAGAAAUAGCAGUAAACCAGUUGGAUCAAUUGAGCCCAGAGGAGCAGUUGCUGGUUAAGUGUGCUGCAGUCAUUGGUCACUCCUUCCACAUAGAUCUGCUGCAGCACCUCCUGCCUGGCUGGCAUAAGAACAAGCUGCUUCAGGUGCUGAGGGCUCUUGUGGAUAUACAGGUGCUCCGCUGGUCCAACAAGAGUCAAGAGCUUCCUGCCGAGUCAGUCUUAGUGCCUUCCUCUAUCAAGACUAUCGAACACACCAAAGAGGAGGAGAAGAAAAAGUCAGAGGCUGACUCUCCUCUCAGUCUGCAAGAGAAAUUAUCCCUACCUCAGAUGGAGGUGCUAGAAUUCGGAGUGCCGCUAUUACGGGAAGCUGCUUGGGAACUGUGGCCCAAGGCACAGCAGAUAGCCCUGCACCUUGAAUGUGCCUGCUUUCUCCGAGAUUUGGCCUGCCGCUGUGAGAGCUGUGGGGGGGACUUUGUCCCCUUCCACCGUUUUGCCGUCCGUUCUACUAAAAGCUGCAGUGGGACCUCCCGGUUCUGUAGUUACAAAGAUACUGGUUCAGUACUAACACAAGUGAUCACAGACACAUUGCAGCUGCCUUCUCCCCAAGAUAGUUUUCAGUUCCAGACAAAACCAUUCAGAAGUCGGGAGGCCUUCACAAGUGAACACUGCAGAACAGAAGAAGAGUUCCUGGAUCAGGUGAAUAGGAAGCUGGCUCAGACCAGCCCUGAGAAAGACAUGUUGACCACAAAGCCCUGUCACUGUGAGGAUAUCCUGCAGUUAGUGCUCUCACCCCUCACCCAGCACUGCCUGGUCAUCGGAGAAACCACAUGUGCAUUUUAUUACCUGCUGGAGGCUGCCGCUGCCUCCUUGGACCUGUCAGAUAAUUACAUGGCCUUCUUUUAUUUGAGGAAGGCCAGCAGUCUUCUGGGCCAGCCUACAGCAUUCUCAUUUUUGAAAAGGAACAAGGUGAAAAUCUGUCAGUUUGAGGAGGCCACUUUCUGCCGUCUUCGGUCAGAGGUCUGUUUCAACAUGGGACAGAUCACGUUGGCUAAAAAAUUGGCCAGGCAAGCCCUUCGACUGCUGAAAAGGAAUUUCCCUUGGACCUGGUUUGGUGUCUUUUUCCAAACAUUCCUGGAAAAAUAUUGGCAUUCCUGGUCCCUAAGCCAACCUCCCAACAACCCUAGUGAGAACAGCAAGAAGAAACUGGCAGUCCUGCAGCAGCGGGUGCACUGCCUCUCCCUGCUCUGGCAGCUCUAUAACCUGGACACCACAGCCAGCAGCCGCAGGUUUGCCUGCCUCGCCACUCUCAUGCAGAAGAAUUCUGCUGAGGAGUUUGCAAAUGAAGCCCAGGUUGUCUCUACCUAUGUGGCUUUAUCCCAGUUCUCCCAGAAUAUGGGUGACAGAGACAAGUGGCUGCACUGUGAGCAGAUGGCCAUUCAGAAAAGCAGCCUAUGUUGGUUCUCCAGGGAGGGAUUAAUGGCCACAGCCCAGCUCAUGCAGGCCUUGGCCUACACCAAGCUCUGCCUUGGCCAUCUUGACUUCUCCAUCAAGCUGGGUUUUCAAGCUCAUGAGAUAUGCAGACACCUCAAGAAACCAGCUCUGGAGAAUCUGGUUCUCUCAGUUCUCUUCAGAUCUGCAUUUCUGAAGAAGAAAUUUGAUCUAUGUGUCCAUGUGCUGGAGAGUCAGUGGGCACUCAUUUCCCAGGGUCGUGAUGUCCUUGGCCUGGCCUGCUUCUAUUCUGCUUGCUUAGAUCUGCUGCUCUACGGAAAAGGAUUGCUAUGUCGGCCCUUUGCCGAGUGUCUGCAUUUCAUUCAACACUGUGAGCACAGCUGCAUUCUAAACUCUCAGAGUAAUGUCAUGCUGGGGGUCCACUCAUCUCUGGCCAUGUGGUUUGCCCAGGACUCACAGUGGAAUCUGUUUGAGCACCACUUCUCCAAGGCUCGCCAGUUAGUGAAAAGAACCAAUGCCUCACUAUUUGGUUCACAUGGCUUUGUCCGAUUCCUGGAGUGCCAUGUGCUGAUGUUACAAAAAAUGCCAGAGGGUGUCUUCAUGCAUACUCCCCCAGAGACCCGCAGCCAAACCCUCAAGUACUGUAAGGAGUUCUUCUCUCGCUGUGUGACCUGCCCAGUCUAUCACCAGUGGGUCUCUGAGCUUAAAGCCUCUGUAAUGAGAUAUGGAAAAAGAGAAUCCAUGUCCUCGACUAACAUUGUCAGACCUUUUGACACCUGCUUGACCAGGAUUUGGAUAGAGGGAGACUUCCUGGAGGAAAACAACUCCUUUGGAGGAAAUUUAGGAAUACAGAGAUUUGACAAAGUGGCUGAUGUCAAGGAGAAUAAAGAUGAAGAAGAAAUUAAAGAAUGUAUAUGUUAAAGAAAAUCAUCUGAAGGGCCCAUGGUUCUCUUGUUAUAUAUAACACAAAGAAAUGACCCAAGUUCUUUCCAAGAUACUGUAUAGUGUACAUAUUCAGUAUACUAGCCUUUUACAGUCACCACUGUCUAUAGCUUUGUCAAAAUAAAAGCCUAUGUUUCUGAAGCAUGAAACUUA